UAUUAACCCUUGUUUAAAUCUUACAUCUUGCUUGCCUGCCUGCCUGAAUGAUUAAAUAGAAUAUUAGCUAUCCUGUCCAAAAACCCUUUUUAAAUUGAGUCAUCACUCUUCACACACUGACACAUUCACACUCUCAAGAAUCGAAUUCCUAAUUUCGAAAUCCCUCCCUCCCUCACUCACCAUAAAAACCCAAACCACCAUUUUUACCCUUUUCAUAUUUAAUGUAAUGUUUUGGGGGUUUGACUUAGGACGGGAAAGUUGAUUCAUGGCUGAAUUCUAACGGAAUAUCCUAUUAUCCUGAUCGAGUAUGUGCCAAUUCCCCCCUCCCUUCUUCUUUCCGAGAUCUAACUUCGAUACAUAUUGGGAGAAUUAAUGUUGUAGUAAAGACAUUUGAUAUUUGUGUAUAAACAAAAACUUGUUUACCCCAAGAUUCGACUUCUAUUUUUGGUUUUUUGCCAUCAAUGGCACUAAACAGCACUGUAGUUGUCACACUGGAGAAGCCAGAGGGCAUCUCUUUAAUAGAGAGGAACGAUUCUUCCUCAAAUGGAGGACGAUCGUCGAUGAUAUUUCAGGACAAGCAGAGGGCUGCAAGCCCCAAGCAGUUCACAUGGCUUCUUCUCCUGAAAGCCUAUCGAGUUGUGGCAUUCAUUCCCUGGCUGUUAUCGACUUCUUUUGCGGUUAUUGGGUCCAUCAAGAAGCGAAUUGCUUCAUCGGAUUCGAACGAGGAAGAUCCGAGGCAGAGUGGUAGGAAGUUGUACAGGUUUAUUAAAGCAUUCCUUGUUGUUUCAUUGAUUGGUCUUGCUGUCGAAGUCUUUGCUUAUUUGAAUCGAUGGAAUUUGAGAAUUGUUAAUCCGUUGGGGAUUGGGGUCGAUAAUUUGGUGCAGUGGUGGUACUUGGCUUGGUUGAAUUUCAGGGCUGAUUAUGUUGCCCCUUGGAUUGCUGCUUUUUCCAAGUUUUGUAUAGUGCUUUUCUUGAUUCAGUCGUUGGAUCGUCUCCUUCAGUGCCUUGGUUGUUUCUGGAUCAAGUGUAAGAAGAUGAAGCCUGUUGUUGAUGGGGCAUUCGACGACGAUGUCGAAAAUGGAUCGAGUUGUUUCCCUAUGGUUCUUGUUCAGAUUCCUAUGUGUAAUGAAAGAGAGGUUUACGAGCAAUCGAUCGCGGCAGCCUGUCGACUGGAUUGGCCGAAAGAUCGAUUCUUGGUGCAAAUCUUGGAUGAUUCGGAUGAUGAGCUCGUGCAGCAUUUGAUCAAAGAUGAAGUCAUGUCGUGGAAAGAAUCCGGGGUGAAUAUAGUCUACCGGCAUCGAUUUGUUCGGACAGGGUACAAGGCGGGCAACCUCAAAUCCGCCAUGGCUUGCGACUAUGUCAAGAACUAUGAGUUCGUUGCAAUAUUCGACGCAGAUUUUCAGCCUAAUCCCGACUUCCUCAAACUCACUGUCCCCCAUUUUAAGGGAAAUCCUGAAUUAGGCCUCGUCCAGGCACGGUGGUCGUUCAUCAACCGGGACGAAAAUCUGCUCACAAGGCUCCAAUACAUCAAUCUGUGCUUCCAUUUUGAAGUCGAGCAGCAAGUGAAUGGCAUGUUCCUCGAUUUCUUCGGCUUCAACGGCACUGCCGGAGUGUGGAGGAUCAAGGCGCUGGAGGAUUCCGGCGGAUGGCUGGAGAGGACGACGGUGGAGGACAUGGACAUAGCCGUUCGGGCACAUUUAAAGGGAUGGAAAUUCACGUUCCUUAACGAUGUUAGAGUUCUGUGCGAAUUGCCUGAAUCCUACGAAACGUACAAGAAGCAGCAGCAUCGAUGGCAUUCCGGCCCUAUGCAGCUUUUCCGGCUAUGCCUGCCGGCGAUCUUAAAGUCAAAGAUAUCGAUAUGGAAGAAGGCGAACUUGAUAUUCCUCUUCUUCCUCCUUCGGAAACUGAUUCUUCCAUUCUACUCCUUCACUCUCUUCUGCAUCAUACUUCCACUCACCAUGUUCAUCCCGGAGGCGGAGCUGCCGGCGUGGGUCAUCUGCUACGUCCCCAUAACCAUGUCCAUUCUCAACAUCCUCCCGGCGCCCAAGUCCUUCCCCUUCCUGAUGCCCUACCUGCUGUUCGAGAACACCAUGUCGGUGACGAAAUUCAACGCCAUGAUCUCAGGCCUGUUCCAGCUGGGGAGCGCCUACGAGUGGGUGGUGACGAAGAAGACGGGGAGGGCGUCGGAGUCAGAUCUGGUGAGCUUGCUGGCGGAGAGGGAGGCGAAGAAUACGAACGAGGAGAAGAUCCAGCGGCGGUUGUCGGAGUCGGGGUUGGAUUUGUUGGGGAAGGUGAAGGAGACGAAGAAGGAGAAGAAGAAUAGGGUUUACAGGAAGGAAUUGGCGGUGGCGUUGCUGCUGCUGACGGCGGCGGGGAGGAGCUUGCUGUCGGCGCAGGGGAUCCAUUUUUACUACCUGCUGUUUCAGGGGUUGUCGUUUCUGGUGGUGGGGCUGGAUUUGAUCGGAGAGCAGGUCAGUUAGAUUUGGAUUUGAAGAAGAAGAAGAAGAAAGGUAUUAUUAUUAUUAUUAUUACUGUGUUGAUUAUUCUAAUUUGAUUGGUAGGGUUAGGGUUUUGAGAUGAUUAUUAUUAAUUCUUUGAUUGUGUAAUUAGUUACAGAGACUGAGCUAUGGGGGUGGGGGUGGGGGUGGGGGUGGGGGUGUUUGAGAAGAUGAUACGUAUACAUAUACACACACAAUAUAUGUAUGUUAUGCUAUAACUAUAUUGAUAGAUACAUACCUAAUCAUUUUGGUAGAUUGGAUGGAUACUAAUUUGGCUUGAUUCUGAUGUUGAUGUUGGUGGUGCAACUCGAACAAUCGGGUGUUUUUGUUUUUCAAAGGAUAGGUUUCUUUAGCUCGGUGUUUUCUAAAUUUUACUAUUUAAAUUCUACAUUUUAAAAAAAGUUUACUUUUUUAUCUCAUUCUAAUUUUUUUUUC